ACCCCAGGUAAUCCUCAUCUUUGUAAUAUUUUCUCUCUCCACAUUCAUGGCUUCCUCAACUCCUCCUCACUUCGUUCUGGUUCCCCUCAUGUCCCAAAGUCAUCUCAUUCCUUUCACAGACAUGGCCAAAGCCCUCGCUCAACGCGGCCUCAUCGUCACCCUUGUCAUGGCACCUGAAAAUGCAACUCAAUUCACAACCCUCUUAGACGAGGCUAAGAAAUCCAGACUCAUCAUUCAGUUUUUAGAAGCCAAAUCCACCAUGGGAAGUGAAAAAAACAACCGGCUACCUUCACAGGACCUAACACCGCAAUUUUUUGAUGCUAGUAACAUGAUGCAGGAACCACUGGAAAAUUGGCUUCAAGAGUCGGAGAAAGCAGGGUCUCUUCCACACUGUAUUGUUUCAGAUUUUUGUCUUCCUUGGACAUCUGAUCUUUCCCGUAAGUUCGGAAUUCCUAAGCUUGUUUUCCAUACAGUUUCUUGCUUUACACUUUUCUGUUCCCAUAACAUUGAUGUUCACAAACCAUAUGAUCGGGUCGAGUCGGAUUCCGACCCAUUCCUAGUUCCGGACGUGCCUGAUAGAAUCCUCUUCACCAAGGCUCAGUUGCCGACGCUAGGAAGUUUCGGUUCCGAUCAAUGGACUGAUAUUAUAGGAAAAUUCAAAUCGGCUGAGAAAUCAGCGGACGGUGUGAUAGUCAAUUCUUUUGAAGAAAUGGAACCUGCGUACAUUGUGGGGUAUAAAAAACAGGUGAAGAGUAUGUGGUGCAUUGGACCCUUAUGUUUGUACAACAAAACGGCACCGUUUCACAGAGGCAACAAGGCAUCAAUUGAUGAACAUGAGUUCUUGAGUUGGCUCAACUCUAAGAAGGAAAAAUCGGUAAUUUAUGUUUGCUUUGGUAGCAUUUCUCGCUUGUGCCCCAAGCAAUUGAUGGAACUCGGUUUAGGUCUAGAAUCAUCCGGUUCUCCAUUUAUUUGGAUAAUUAAGAAGGCGGAUUGUUCACCCGAAUUGGAAAAUUGGUUUGCAAAGGAGAGAUUUGUAGAGAGAAUUGAAGAGAGAGGCUUAAUUAUUCGAGGAUGGGCGCCUCAAGUUUUGAUAUUGUCACAUCCAGCUAUUGGAGGUUUCUUAACACAUUGCGGGUGGAAUUCAACUCUAGAAGGAGUAAGUUCUGGGUUACCCAUGAUAACAUGGCCAAUGUUUGCAGAGCAAUUUUAUAAUGAAAAUUUUAUUGUGGAAGUGUUGAAGAUUGGUGUAAAAGUUGGGGUGGAGGUACCGAUGCAACUUGAGGAGGAGAAGGCGGCCGUGCUAGUGAAGAGGGGAGACGUGGAGAAGGCGGUGAAGGAGCUCAUGGAGGGGGGAGAAGAAGGAGAAAAGAGAAGGAAAAGGGCUACAGAACUCAGGGAGAUGGCCAAGAAGGCAGUAGAAGAAGGAGGAUCGUCUUUCUUAAACAUAAUGUUGUUGAUUGAGUACAUAAAGCAGCUGAAGAAUAAAUAUUAAUAGCAUCACCAAGAAAGAUGGACGGUGAGAGUUGGGCUGAAUCCGUGGCAAAGAACAAAGGCCCAAUUGCAUCGAAUGUAGUUUUUUAAUUAAAGUAUUUUUAUUUUUAAUUUGAUUUGUAUUUUUAAUUUGAAAUUAAAUGCAAAAAAAAAAAAAAAAAAAACGAUUU